CAAAAAAAGCAUAUAUAAGGCGUAUAUUACCUUAUAUUUUCAUAGAGCUAUAUUAGUUUUUUAUGAGGAUGCCAUUAACUGGGGUUUAUAGAUGUUAGAUCUUAAAAUCCAUAAGGCUAUGGCAUACAUUAUUUUAUACAGGGAAACAAGAACCCUUAAUUUUAUAAAAAGGAUAGAUUGGAUCAACUGAAAAGACCUGAGCAUGUUUUAUAAAGACUUGACUUAAUUCAUAAAUUUUAAAGUGUCAUAUUAAUAUUUUUAUAGGAAGAUAAUGCUUUAUAUUUUUGGCAAAAAGAUUAUAGAAAUAGUAUGUUAAACGACAUUGAUAUCUCAAAAAACGAUUUAUAUUCAUUACAUCAAGUACCUGAAAAUGGAAUUGAUUCCGUAAAAACUUCAUAUGGAUUAUCCUACAACGAGCCUUGCAUUUCCUCAAAUAUACUUUUAUGCUGCUCUAUAUGCAAAUUUCAUUGUAAUCAGUCAUGUUAUGGUUCUUUAUUUGGAAACUUUAUUAAAAACAAUUUUUUAAAACAAUGUCCUAAAUGUGGAAUUAAUGAAUAUGUAGAAAAUGAUCAAAAUAUGGAAAAAAACUUUCAAAAAUCACCAACUUAUAGAUUUUACAAUCAAGUAAAAUCUACAGAUUAUUCUACAUUCAAUUCAAAUGAAAGAAAAGAAGUAAAAUCGGAUAUAUUGGAAGAUUGUUUUUUUAAUAACAAGUUAUAUCCAUCAAUGAAUAAUUCUAGAAAAAAUAUUCAAGAUUUUGUAUAUCAUUCUAAAGAUAUGAAUUCUGAUGCAUAUUUGAGAAAAAAUAUAUCUAAAAACACUUUUAGUGAUUGUCCAAAAAAUAUAUUAUAUUAUGAUAAUCCAAUUCUUAAUCAAGAUGAUAUAGUUAAAUGUGAUAUUAAAGAUAUAGUUAAUGAGAAACAGUUAAAUGAUGAAUUGCUUCACAAACAAUGUCUUAAUGAUAUAGAUAUUGAUCCUAUAGAUCUAGAGGGUGAUCAAGAUAGUUGUAUAGAUGUUGAAGACUCUGGUUAUGAAUUACAAGUAGGAAAACAAAAAAAAAUAUAUUUAACUGCAUCUAAAAGGCGAGGAAGUCCAAAAAGAAAGCCUGUCAUUAAGACAUCCGCUAGUAGCAAACCAUCAAAGUUUAAAGAAAUAACGAAUAAUAUUGCGGUUUCUUAUGUUUUGAAGCCAUUUCGCAAUAAGAAACGAUUCUUAAAAAAACAUGGAUACAUACGUUCAUCUAAUUCUCCCAAAAAAUAUAUAAAAAAUAUCAAGGAGUGUUCAGAUUCUUUGAUUUCGAAAAAAAAAACUACAAAUUUUAUUAAUCCCUCCCAGGUAUUGGAUUUGCAUGACAAAUCCAAAAGGCUCUCACGUAAGAGGAGGCGUUAUCAAGAUACGGAUGAACAUUCUUUAAAUGAUAUGACUCAGUCACGGGAAUUUCCUCAUUUAUUUGGACCUGCUCCAAGAUUACCUGUAGAAAUUAAAGAUGGGCAAAGACUAGGCAAGAAAUAUCGCAGAAGAUACAAUAUAUGUGAUUUAACAUACGUACAUGUUCAUCGUCAGAUUUCGACACCUAAAACGCCGUUUUAUGAUGUAAAUGAAGAUAAAAAUAAAGAUGAUCCUUCAUUUGAUAUAUUAAAUUUGAUUCCUCGAGAAAUGGUUCCUGUUGUUACAAGUAAUAGCCAGCUUGGUUUUAGAGAAGCCAUUAUUGAUAAAAGAUUAAUGAGAUAUAAAAGAGGAGUGCCAAUUUUUCGUGUAGGGCGUAAAGUCCCUGGAGAGUUAAGUUGAUUUUAAUUUCUAAAAAAUAAUGCGA